CACAAUUCACAUAUUUCUUCUUUCUUCUUCUUCUUCUCCUCUGUGUAGGAAAGGUUCAAUCAUCUAACGGCUGAGAUGAAGCGAGAAGGCAAGCAACACGGUAUGGUGAGAACCUACCGGAUUCUGCCACCGUCGCUGAAUCCAAGGCCGGAAUCUAAGUUGGUCAACCCUCUGACUUGUCGUCCAACCGCCGGAUUAUUCACCAGAGUGCCAUCGAAACCGACCAAUCACUCCAAGUUCACCGGAAAAUGUGGUCAAGCAAGGUGCCUUGAGUGCCAUAUGCAUCCGAUCACCAAAUCCAAAGUCAAAACUAAAGGCUCUUCCAAGGUGAGAUCGAAUGACGUCACCUACGAGAUGCUGACUUGGCAGGUUGCUUCUGGUGGGUCCAGACCCGGUUUAAAGCUUUCCGGGUUCUCGGCUACUGGAAUCCUUGAUCUUAUGUCUGAUGAUUAUGGUUAUGAUCAUGAUUAUGAAUCUGAUGAAGAAGAACAAGAAGAAGAAUUCAAAGGAAGUGUUGUAGAGGAAGUUGUGAAUAUACAGAGUGAUGAUGAUGAUGAUGAUGAUGAUGGUGAAAAAGGAGAAGAUGGUUCUCAUGAUGAUGAUGAUGAUGAUGAUGGAGUGAUGAGUUAUUGUGAUGUGGGGAUGAUGAUGGUGAUUGAUGAUGUGGAAGAAUUUGAUGAAGAUGGAUGGUGUUUAGUUGAAGAAAUGUUUGCUUAAUUGAUAUCUUUGAUUAUUCCCCCCAAUAAUUGUCUUGCCUUUUGCUUUGUAAA